UGGACAUCGCUAAAAUUCCGCUUCUAACAUAGUCUUCGCUCUCAACUUCCUUUACAACAAUUAUGGACAAAUUGAAAGAAAAGGGAUUCGUUAAGCUCAGAAUUACUCUCAGUGAUUCUGAAAAGACUCAAAGUAUAUUUUUAAGAGCUGACAGCGAAGAUCCUGAAGAAAAAUCUGUAUAUUUAGUAAAUGUGCCGGUCACUACCACUGAAAAGGUUUUACGAAAUGCCAUCUCGAAAUUAGGAGGACGAUUCGUUUCUGUAUACCCUUCAAUUCAAGGAUUACUUAAAGCAGGAACGAAUUUACGCGUGAAGUUAUUGGAAAAAGCAGAGGUAAAACAGGUUCUAAAGACAGCAUCAAAGAAAUCAACCACUAUUCCUUGGAAUACUACACAAUCAUCAGGAUUAAAACGUUAUUUGGAAAAAUAUGAUCGACAAUUUCCAAAUGCUCGAGUCUUGGGAGAAAGCGUUGAAUCGUAUAUGAAGAGAUUAACAAAACAAGAAAUUACUGAAAAGAAUCGACUUCGGAAGUUGAGAAACCAACCCGACGAAGACGGUUUUAUCCCUGUUGUUCGCGGUACUCAUCAACCUGUUGGAAAUCCUGAAGAUGCUGAAAAGCUUUUACAAAAGAAGAAAGAGACAGGAAUCCACAAAGACUUUUACCGUUUCCAACUACGAGACGAAAAGAAGAAAAAGUUGCAGGACUUGGCUCACAAAUUUGAAUUGGACAAGCAACGAAUUCAGCAUCUUAAAGUCAAUCGGCGUUUUAAGCCUUAUUAAGACAUUUUUAUUGUGAUAAACUUCUACUUGCAUGGUUUUGGUAUGAAUGAAAUUUGGUUUGGUUUUAGGGAAAAAGUUUUUGUGAUUGAUCAAACGUAGUUAAAAAAGUCAUAAUGUUUUUAUUGCAAAAAAAUGGUUAUGAAGUAUUAAUCAUGGCUGCCGGCGCCUUCGAGUCGUCCUUGACUGGAGGGUUAAUUUUUGCAAGAUCGAAAUCAAGUCCACUGAACGCUUCAUGUAAGCAUCGAAGAUGGCAAUCUUCAACUCUAAAACCAAUUGACCGAUUGGGUUCCUUGGCAAUUUUAUCCAGAAAGCUGAUCACGAUUAGCAUAAAGAUUUUCAAGAAAUAGAAUACAUACGGGUCAUUAUAGUUCUCUAUAGAAUAAUCAUAAUAUUUGCUUGUAUUUCGUUCACCUGCAAGCGGGCUGAAAGGCAUCUGCUCUUCUUUGAGCCUUUGUUGUGCCAGGUUUUGAAGAUCGGGAUAUGCAGCAGAAGAUUGCGAAGAAAUUGGCUUUGGAGAAUCCCUUUUUUCCCGAUGCUUCUUAAGCGUCUCUGUAAGUUUCACAAUCUUAUUUGGAUCUUUACCGGACGUAGCCAAGUCAUGAAUGAUUUGCUGUUCGACUUGUUCUCGCCGUUCUCGCUCCAACUCAUGUUCUCGUAUAAUGGCAUCUCUAGCUUCUUGUUUCUGUUUCUUUAACAGGAUUUCAUUUUGAGCAAGUAAUCGAGAUUCUGCUGCAGCUCGUGCAGAGUUGAGUGCAAUCGACUCGCGGUUUUGUUUUUCGUAUUGCUGAACCUUUUUUUCUGUUUCUUCGACGUCAAAUUGAUAGAUAAGGUUAAAAGCUAGAUAUAGAAUUAGUACAAGUUGAUAAAUUGCACAUUUUUGUUACAGCA